AUUCAGAUUAAGCUUUUGAAACAUAAAUCUCAUCUAAAAAUCGUGUUAAAAUUGAAAAGUAGUGUUUUGCAAUACAUUCUGAUAAAAUUGAAAGUAACAGAACAAUCUCGUUAGGAGUGAUAGUGAUUUCAUCCAACUGCUUCUCCAGGAAGGUGUUGUUUUGAGAAGUAGUCAAGUUGCGAAGAGGAAAGUUUUUUGAAAUCAGAACUUUCUCCACUAUCUACUGAACAAAGGGAUUCUUUAUAGUCUGCUGUUUGUAUAAGACUUUCCAAAAUGUCGCUGUACCCAUCCCUCGAAGACAUGCAGGUGGACAAGAUUCUGCAGUCGCAGAACGCGGCCAUCUCGAACGCCGUCGCGCAACAGCAACAGCAAUACGGACUACCCGAACCACCACCGGCCUACACAAUGAAUCCGUACCCUCAGCUGAACAGCCUGCUCCCUGUCGGUGCCGUUGGAAACAAUGAACCCGAACUCUCAAAAAAGUCGGAAUUUUUCUAUCCGGACUUGGCGAACUAUCUGGGUUUGGAGCUGAGUGAGGGGGCCAUCGCUGCCAAUAUGCCCGAGUAUCUGAGCAGCAACCGCGACGCUCGAAUGACAGCCUAUCAACCGCAGGCGUCUGCUGUGGUGACUGUUAACAAUGCCAACAUGGUGGCACCGGUUUCCGGUGGAUCAGUGGGACUGCAGCGCGGGCAGGUCACCAACGGAAUUCGUGAGUUGAUUCUUUGCAAGGGCGCAGAUAAAAAGGUUGGAUUACGAGCACAGGCCAUCAAUAAAGGCGUUUUCGUGUGUGUGGUGGUUAAAAACAGUCCAGCAGCUUUGGCAGGCCUUCGGUUCGGAGAUCAAAUCUUGCAGGUGAACGGAACCUUGGUGGCUGGCUACUCGGUUGACGAUGUCCAUAAGCUGCUGAAAAAGAGCGACAAGAACAAUAUCUCCCUGGUGGUUCGCGAUCGCCCAUUCGAAAGGGCUGUUACCUUGCAUAAGGAUUCGGCGGGAGCCGUUGGAUUCCAGUUCAACAAUGGCAAAAUUACGGCUAUCGUGAAGGAUUCGUCUGCUGCCCGCAACGGACUUCUCAUUGAGCAUCAGCUGCUGGAAAUAAAUGGACAGAAUGUGAUCGGCAUGAAGGAUAAGGAAAUUUCCCAGCUGAUAACAGCUGGCGGUCAAAUUAUCACCGUGACUGUUAUUCCGACGAUUAUCUAUGAUGUAAUGAUGAAGAAGCUUUCUACUUCUUUCAUAAGGGGCAAAAUGGACCACUCGGUACCCGAUUUCUAAACGAAUUGCUUUCCAACGAUGCCAAACGAUGUUUGUUUUCAACCGUUAUAUUAUAAUACAACAUUAAAUAUAUACCAUUAAUGUUUUUACAGAAUGAACUGAAUAUUCAGGAUACAGUCAAUUUGUGGGUGGGAUCACGAUAUUCACGCACAAUUUUGAUUGACAGAAUUACACGAUUGAUACAAAGCGUGGCAAAUAUUAGCGGGUUGAAACAUUCUUUACAAAAGCGUACAUGUAAUCAAUAGUGUCAUUUGCAAUAAAAGCAUUUUAUAUCUUAAAUUAAGCAGUAGGAAUCCAGUUCUCCGCUAGUGAUAAUGGCGCUGCAAGUACGGGAUUCAGAAUUUCGACGAUUGUUUGGGAGGGAAAGGAACUGGCUUCAUUUCGUCCCAAUAUGUAAUUCAAACCGCAUUUUGUAUCCACUAACGAUAUUGUCGCUCGCGGAGAGUGGACCAGAUUAUUAAAAUAAAACAUUUACUCCUUAA